UUACCGUUAAAAAAGGACAACCGACCUGUUUCAGCGAGAUGAAACCGACUCUCCGGCCUCUGGGGAGCAGAGCAGAGAGAGAGAGAGAGAGAGAGAGAGAGAGAGAGAGAGAGAGAGAUACCUCCGAUUCCGUUAAAACACAAGUCAGAAAAAGUUGCAGAACUCGGCAGUGAGCUGCAUGUUACCUGUUCAUCCCAGCAUUAUUAAACUCCGCAGUUUCCCAGUAGAUCUCAACUUCAUCGUCCCUCGCAGCUCAGCAAGACCCCCAAAGAAUCCAUGCUUUUCAAGGCGUUUUCUUAUUCUCUGCGCAAAAAAAAGAAACAGGCCCAUCUGCCAUUUCUGCUCCUCUGAAGCCACAUUGCGCUUCGUUUGAAGAUCUGUAUCCUCAUUGUGAUUUAAGCAGAAGGAUUAAUGAAUCUUGUUACAAGCGCCUUCAAUGCAGAUCUGAUCUUGACCAUCAUGACAAAUGUGAAGGAUCCAAGGUGGAUAUAACUCAUAGCUAUAAGUAGACAUCUGAUCUACUGAGAGAGAGAGAGAGAGAGAGAGAGAGAGAGAGCGAGACAGAGAGAGAGAGGUAUUCAGGGACAAUGAAAUCUCCUGUAGAAGAUAAGAGCUGCUACAGUCAGGGACCAACGCAGGAGAUCUCGAGUGGUAGUUCCAUCGGCUUCGAGUUUCACCAGGCGAAUGGAAGCAAUCGAGCUUCCCAUCAUCAUCGGACCGCUCUAGGCAAACCAACCCCGUCCAAAUGGGAUGAUGCGCAGAAAUGGCUGGUUGGGAUUUCGAGAGUGGGUGGAGACAAGAGCCAAUCGAAAACCAAACCGAGAAACUCCAACGCCGAUGACCGAAGAUUGAUUGCCCCGGCCCCGCCAGAGCAGGAAUAUUCCAACGGUGAGGAUGAAUGCGAGUUUGAGCAAAAUGUAGGCAUGGAACAUGCAAUAGCAGGUCAAUAUGAAGUGGAGACAAAGAAGGUGGAGUGUGAUGAGUCCGUCUGGAGGAUCAAUAAGCCAGCGCAGAAUUGCAUGCCAGCCGUACGAUCAGUGUGCGUGAGGGACAUGGGGACUGAUAUGACUCCGAUCACGAGCCAAGAGCCAUCUAGGACCGCUACCCCAAUCAGAGCCAGGACUCCUGCCGCUCGAAGCCCCAUCAAUUCGGGAUCUUCUACUCCUGUCAGUUGUCAACAUGGGGCUGCGUUGAUGGAAGGCAGAAGUGGCGUCGCUCCUUCUGGUGCGCACGUGAUCGGUGCCUGUAUGAAAGGCGCGCAUGCCUGUGAGCUGAGUGGGAACAUGAGUUCAAAUCAUGCAAAGAAGUUGAGUCCUCUGGAAUCGCGAGCAAUGGCUUGGGACGAGGCGGAGCGCGCCAAGUUCAUGGCCAGGUAUAAGCGCGAGGAGGUAAAGAUACAAGCCUGGGAAAAUCAUGAGAAAAGGAAAGCCGAAAUGCAAAUGAAAAGGAUGGAGGUCAAGGCCGAGAGAUUGAAAGCUCGCGCACAAGAGAAAUUAGCGAACAAACUCGCUUCCACGAGGAGAGUAGCGGAAGAGAAGCGCGCGAACGCAGAGGCUGAGCUGAAUGAGAAAGCUGUGAGGACGUCGGAGAGGGCGGACUACAUAAGGAGGACCGGCCACUUGCCCUCUUCCUUCUCGCUCAGGCUUCCUUCCUUUUGCUGGUAGAGCUGUAGCAAUGUAACUACAUCCUGCCAUUGUUUUUUAUCCGAAGGAGAAGUUGUUAUUUGCACGUUUAAUUAGGUUACGCAAAACUUCAUGGAUU